AUGGUUGAUCUAGACAGCAUAGACCUAGACUCUCUGAUAGAGAGAUUACUUGAGUCGGAGAUCGCAUAUCUCUGCCGCACCGCGCGCGAGAUCUGCAUCUCCCAACCCAUUCUCCUCAAGCUCGAAGCCUCCAUCAAGAUAUGCGGCGAUAUCCAUGGCCAGUACUACGACCUCCUGCACCUCUUCAAAUACAGCGGCUACCCACCCGAAGCCAACUACCUCUUCCUGGGCGACUACGUCGACCGCGGCAAGCAGUCGAUCGAAUGCAUCUGCCUGCUCCUCGCGUACAAGAUCGAAUACUCGGAGAACUUCUUUAUCCUGCGCGGAAACCACGAGUGCGCAUCCAUCAACCGCCCCUACGACUUCUACGACGAGUGCAAGCGCCGGUACAGCGUUAAGGUCUGGAAUACGUUCAUCGAGUGCUUCAACUGCCUGCCCAUCGCGGCGAUCAUCGACUACAAGAUCUUCGGCGCAUGGCGUCCACUGUCUGAUCUCCUCUGGGCCGAUCCAGAUAAAGGCAUCACGGGUUGGGGUGAGAACGAUCGCGGGGUAUCGUUUUACAUUCGGGCCCGAUAUCGUCAGCCGGAUCACUCAGAAGCACGAUAUCGAUCUGAUCUGCCGCACGCAUCAGUGUCGGCAUUGGUGACGCUGGUCGGUGCGCCCAAUUAUCGUGGGGAGUUUGAAAAUUCGGGCGCCAUGAUGAGUGUUGAUGAGAGCUUGCUCUGCUUGUUCCAGCUCAUGAAGCCGGCUGAGAAACGAAAGCCGCUCUUCAGGAAGCAGUCGGCUAGUCAUUUCAAGCAAUAG